GGUGAAACAACAGCAAAUAACAGAUAAAGGAGGAAGUGUUCAGUUGCUGGAGGGACACUUAACUUCGAGGGCGAGUGCGAUUGACAGGCAGAAGUGCGGUCAGAAACAACCUGGAACAUUAACAGAGAUUGGACAUCGUCAUUACACGUCGUUCGCCAACAGUUUUAAACCGAACACUGGACCUUGUUCAGCAUCAGGAUGUCUAAGAAGCUGCUCCUGGUAGAUGUGGACUGCGGUGUAGAUGACGCUCAGGCUCUGAUGAUGGCUCUGGCAGCUCCAGAGGUUGAGAUACUGGGAAUCACGUGCUGUCACGGCAAUACAGCUAUAGAAAACGUCUGUAGAAAUGUGCUUAGAGUCCUUCACUUGUGCAACAGGAUGGAGAUUCCUGUGUUCCGUGGAGCCUCAAACUCCAUUCUUGGAGAAAUAAGCCCAGUAUAUUCCCACUUUGGAGGUGAUGGUCUAGGAGAUGUAGGUGACGCUGACAGCCCUGGUCUGGAGCACUUACAAGAAGAGGAUGCUGUUCAUGCUUUAAUAAGAAUCAUCAGUCAGCACCCAGGUCAAGUUUCCUUGGUAGCUUUGGGACCCUUGACCAAUAUAGCCUUGGCAGCAAAAAUAGAUCCUACCAUUUCUAAAAAACUUGGUAAACUGUACAUAAUGGGAGGAAACCUUGAAGGACGAGGUAACAGAACAGUGUGCGCAGAAUUUAACUUCUACCUGGAUCCAGAAGCCGCUUAUAUUGUGCUGAAUGAAUAUACAUGUCCAACCUACAUUGCUUCCCUGGAAUUUGCUCAUGGAAGCAGUCUGCCACUGGAGUAUUUCAAAGACUGGGUGAACCAGGAUACUGUUAAAGCCAAGUUUAUGAAGACAAUCACAGCCAGCUACUCUCAGAAGGAAUUUGUAUCCUAUGACUCUUUUGCUAUGGCGGCAGCAAUUGAUGAGAGUAUAAUCACAGACUCUAUGGAGUGCCCUGUGAGCGUGGAACUCCACGGAAGCCAUGCAAGAGGGAUGAUGGUUCUGGACACAAUUGGCAAGUGGAAGAAGCAACAUAAAGCUACCCUGAUAAAAAAAGCAAAUAUGGAAAAGUUCAAACAAAGACUGUGGACUGCUUUGGUUUAAGGAAGGGGGACAUGUUUUGCUUUGGCAGAUUAUAGAUUAAAUUAAUUUCAUAGGGGGUACCUAUAGCUUCUUCUUACAGACUGGUUUCACAAUGUGAACUUUUAAACUACAUAUUACACUAAUUGACAGAGGCCGGUGGCAGCCUGGGACAGGACCAUAAUUAUCUGAUCAAGUUCCCUCUUUACCUCACCCACCCUUACAAUGGCUUCCUGAACUAAUCAUCGACAAUCAGUAACGUAACAGCACAACAUAACACAAAGGAAUAGUGCAAUUAAAGGUUAAGGCACCUUACAGCGUGGUACACACAGAUGGGUUUUCAGUACACCCACAUUGCUUAUCUUCAUCUGAGA